CGGAGGCGGUGGCGGGCCGGAAACUCUAGCUUUGCGUUCCGAAGGCGGAGGCCGCGGGGCCGGGGCUGCGGGCCGGGUCGCGUCGGGGCCGGGCGCGGCGCGGCGGGAGAGCGACUGGUUUCCUGCCGACGGAGUUCUCCGUCGGGAAGUUUUCAGAUUUUGGAGCCUAAGGAACAUUUUCCAGGGGAGAUUGCCAGUACAGCCACUUUGGCAACCAAGAUCUUGAUACAUAGCCACAGAUUGGAAUAUUGGUGGGCUACAGUCCUCAGAAAUCUUCUUAAUACAGAUGAGGAAACUGACACUUGGUGAAGUUACGAAAUUUGUCCAAAGUCACACAGCUUGUAAAAGGCACAGCCAAGAUUCAGAGCCAGGUUGUGAAAGCUAACAUGAACAAACUACGACAGAGUUUUAGGAGAAAGAAAGAUGUUUAUGUCCCAGAGGCCAGUCGUCCACAUCAGUGGCAGACAGAUGAAGAAGGAGUCCGAACUGGAAAGUGUAGCUUCCCAGUUAAGUACCUUGGCCAUGUAGAAGUUGAUGAGUCAAGAGGAAUGCACAUCUGUGAAGAUGCUGUAAAAAGAUUGAAAGCUCAGGAAAGGAAGUUCUUCAAAGGCUUCUUUGGAAAAACGGGAAAGAAAGCAGUGAAGGCCGUUCUGUGGGUAUCAGCGGACGGACUCAGGGUUGUGGAUGAAAAAACCAAGGACCUCAUAGUUGACCAGACGAUAGAGAAAGUUUCUUUCUGUGCCCCAGAUAGGAACUUCGACAGAGCUUUUUCUUAUAUAUGCCGAGAUGGCACCACUCGGCGCUGGAUCUGUCAUUGCUUCAUGGCUGUCAAGGACACGGGGGAGAGACUGAGCCAUGCCGUAGGCUGUGCUUUUGCAGCCUGUUUAGAGCGGAAGCAGAAACGGGAGAAGGAAUGUGGAGUCACUGCCACCUUUGAUGCCAGCAGAACCACUUUUACGAGAGAAGGAUCAUUCCGAGUCACAACUGCCACUGAACAAGCUGAAAGAGAGGAGAUCAUGAAACAACUGCAAGAUGCCAAGAAAGAGACAGAUAAGGCAGUUGUUGGUCCAUCAGUGGCUUCUGGCAACACUGCACCAUCCCCAUCCUCUCCCACCUCUCCCACUUUGGAUACCACUGCUUCUCUGGAGAUGAACAAUCCUCAUGCCAUCCCACGCCGGCAUGCACCGAUUGAACAGCUUGCUCGCCAAGGCUCCUUCCGGGGAUUUCCUGCUCUUAGCCAGAAGAUGUCACCCUUUAAACGCCAACUAUCCCUCCGCAUCAAUGAGUUGCCUUCCACUAUGCAGAGGAAGACUGAUUUCCCAAUCAAAAACGCAGUGCCAGAGGUGGAAGGAGAGGCAGAGAGCAUCAGUUCCCUGUGCUCACAGAUCACCAAUGCCUUCAGCACACCCUCUGAAGACCCCUUUUCCUCCGCCCCAAUGACCAAGCCAGUGACCCUGGUGGCACCACAGUCUCCUGUCUUACAAGCUAAUGGCACUGACUCAGCCUUCCAUGUGCUUGCUGCUAAGCCAGCCAAUGCUGCUCUAGCACCCGUAGCAAUGCCUGUGCGUGAAACGAACCCUUGGGCCCAUGCCCCUGAUGCUGCUAACAAGGAAAUUGCAGCCAUACGUCCGGGGACUGAGUGGGGUCAGUCUUCUGGUGCUGCCUCUCCAGGUCUCUUCCAGGCUGGUCAUAGACGUACUCCCUCUGAGGCUGACCGUUGGUUAGAAGAAGUAUCAAAGAGCGUCCGGGUCCAGCAGCCACAGGCCCCAACUGCCCCUCUGCAGCCAGUUCUUCAGCCUCCUCCACCUACUGCCAUUGCCCAGCCAGCACCUUUCCAAGGAAAUACAUUCCUCAGCUCUCAGCCUGUCCCAGUGGGUGUGGUCCCACCCCUGCAACCAGCCUUUGUCCCUGCCCAGUCCUACCCUGUGGCCAAUGGGAUGCCCUAUGCAGCCUCUAAUGUGCCUGUAGUGGGCAUCACCCCUUCCCAGAUGGUGGCCAAUGUGUUUGGCACUGCGGGUCAUCCUCAGGCCAGUCAUCCCCAUCAGUCACCAAGCCUGGCCAGGCAGCAGACAUCCCCUCAGUAUGAGACAAGUAGCACCACCGCCAGUCCCUUCUUUAAGCCUCCUGCUCAGCACCUCAAUGGUUCUGCAGCUUUCAAUGGUGUAGACGGUGGCAGGCUGGCCUCAGGAAGCAGGCAUGCAGAGGCCCCUGCAGCCACCUGCCCAGUGGAUCCUUUUGAAGCCCAGUGGGCUGCAUUAGAAAGCAAGUCCAAGCAGCGCACUAAUCCCUCCCCUACCAACCCUUUCUCCAGCGACUUACAGAAGACGUUUGAAAUCGAACUUUAGACAGUUUCUGCGACAUGUCUUUUUCUGUACUUAGGCAGAGGAGCAAAGGGGACUUUUGCUUUCCUGAUCAGUACACUUUUUACUAAUCCCAAAGGUCCCAAGGAGCGAGUCCAAGCUCAGAGUACAGUGAGGGGUGAUGUCCAGAGAGGAAAGCACUCCUGGAGAGGACCGCUCUGCAGCAAGGCUAGAGAAGUCAAGGAGACGUUGCCUUUUGACCGCUCUCAUACCCUUACAAAUUUCUGGCAACAGAGAGGCAGAAGUAUCUGAAGAGGAAUCUGUAUUCAAAGCACAUUUACUGAAAUAUAAAAUGUAACAGUGAGCAAAACAAUCUCCCUUUAUUCUUCAGGCCAGUCACCCAUUCCUCCCAGUACUGGCCUGACUUAGAACAGUGUGGCUUGUACAGGCUGGGAAGCGAGGCAGGCCAUGCUGCCCUGUUCACAGGAGGGCUCAGCAGCAGCUGCCCAGCAGAGCUGUGUCCUGGGGAUAAAGCUGAGCUUCCAUUUUGAAUAACAGAAUAAAUAUUAUAAAUAUAUAUAUAUCAAAAAAGCCAAAAUCUUUAUUUUUAUGCACCUAGAAUAUUUUAAAUAGUUCUCAAUAUUAAAAAGUUGUAUGAGUUGUAAGUAAUCUUGCCAAAAGCGAGCGGGUUAGUUGUAAGAAAUUGUACAUAAGAUUGAUUUAUCGUUGAUGCCUAUUGAAGAGAGAGGGUCGGGAACUGUGGACAGGAGCCCUGGCUUGUCUGAUCACUCAUCGUAACUAGCACGUGCAACAACAAUCAUACUGAUGACCAGUUCAGCCACUAGGUUGUAGUUUUAAAUAAAAUGAAAGCAGUGUUCUUGUUUUAAACCUAUGGUGAAACUCUAAUGUCAUUAUUUUAGUGGAAUCAAUCUACGCUCUAGAGAAUGUAUUAUCUUUUAUGUAUCAUUGCAGUUUCCUUAUGUUAAUCCUUUAUCAUUAAGGUGACAGUGACAUAAUAUCCAGAAAGGGAAUGCAGGCUAUUGUGUUGGUUUGUAGUAUGGGUCUUAAUGGGUUUUGUCCUUAAAGUUUUGUUCCCAUAAGUUUUAUAGGGAUGAGGAUUCUGGAUUUAUCUGCUCUGUGUGUCCGUUUCCCCGUCCUCCCCGCCAUGAACAGAACAUCCCAUGCCAGUUGAAGCUACUUGACCUCGGGUAACAACGUGAGACCCCAUCUCAUUUUUACUUUUGAACGUUGGCCUUACAAUCAAAUGUAAGUUAUAUAUACAUAUAUAUAUUUGUACUGAUGAGAAUUUAUAAUCUGCUUUAACAAAAUAAAUGUUCGUGGUAGAA